GAGGCGAGCGGCGAGCGGAGCGUUCCCCGCAUCGGCACCGCGGCCCGGGCGCGCCCCGCCGCCACCCCCCUCCCCGACCCCGCCACACCCGGCCCGGCCACAGCCGCCCCUCGAAGUCAGCAGGAGGGAGGAAAAUGAAAGCAGGCUGCAGCAUCGUGGAUAAGCCAGAAGGAGGAGGAGGGUACCAUUUCCCAGAGUGGGCCUACAAGACGGAGUCCAGCCCUGGCUCCAGGCAGAUCCAGCUGUGGCACUUCAUCCUGGAGCUGCUGCAGAAGGAGGAGUUCCGCCACGUCAUCGCCUGGCAGCAGGGCGAGUACGGAGAGUUCGUCAUCAAGGACCCCGACGAGGUGGCCAGGCUGUGGGGCAGGAGGAAGUGCAAGCCCCAGAUGAACUAUGACAAGCUCAGCAGGGCCCUCAGGUAUUACUACAACAAGAGGAUCCUCCACAAGACUAAAGGCAAAAGGUUCACCUACAAGUUCAACUUCAACAAGCUGGUGAUGCCCAACUACCCCUUCAUCAACAUCCGCCCCAACGGAGUCGUCCCCCAGAGCGCUCCUCCCGUCCCCACCGCCUCCUCCCGCUUCCACUUCCCCCCCCUGGACAGCCACUCGCCCACCGAGGACCCCCAGCCCGGCCGCUUCUCCGGCCCCUCGCUGGUGCCGUCCAGCGCCGAAGCCUUGGCCGAGGGCGGCGAGAGGAAGCCUGAGCUGGCGGAGCUGGAGGACAGCGGCUCCGAGUGGCGCCCCCGCGUGGAUCUGAUGGGCUCCCGCAGCGCCGUGGGCACCGGCGGGGGCGGCGGCGGCGGCGGCGGCGGCAUCAGCAACCACCAGAAGCGCAAACCCGAGCUGAUGCUGCCCCUCUUCGGCAGGCCUGGCAUGUACCCGGACCCCCACAGCCCCUUCGCCGCCUCCCCGCUGCCGGGGCGCGGCGGAGUGCUCAACGUGCCCAUCUCGCCCGCCCUGUCCCUCACCCCCACCCUCUUCUCCUACAGCCCAUCCCCGGGGCUCAGCCCGUUCACGGGCAGCAGCUGCUUCUCCUUCAACCCCGAGGAGAUGAAACACUACCUGCACUCGCAGGCCUGCUCCGUCUUCAACUACCACCUGAGCCCGCGGACUUUCCCCCGCUACCCGCUCAUGGUGCCGCCACUACAGUGCCAAGUGCCCCUGGAGGAGCAGCCGCAGUUCCCCAUCAAGCUGCAGCCUCCGCCCGUGGGGAGGAAGCACAGAGAGAGACUGGAGAGCGCCGAGGAGCCGCCGGCGGCGGCCGCGGGCACGCAGCUGGCGUCGCCUCCCCCGCCCCGGGUCAAGGUGGAGCCUGCUGGCGACAAGGAGGCAGAGCCCCAGGAGCUGCUGGCCAAGGGCAAAGAGAAGAACGAGAGGGAGGAAGGCUCCGGCGCGGCCGCCGGCUCGGAAGAGGAGAAGGGUCCUGUCUUCGCCCGCCCUGCUGCCCCGUCCUGGCACCCCCCCCCGCCGCUGGCACCCCUCGCCCAGCCUGGCUGCUCGGCCGAAGAAGCUCAGGAGCAAGGAGUGAGCAGCGGCGAGAAGCCUGCCCGGGAUGCCGCCGCGGAAGGCGGAGGGCAGGAGAAGAGGGAGGAUGCUCUGAUGCCGCCCAAGCUGCGCCUGAAGCGCCGCUGGAACGGCGACCGCCAGCCCGACGGCGCCGAGGAGCGUCCCAACGGCCGCCUGCAUUGGAACGGAGCCUUGGGCGGCUCUCACCUGCAGGAGGCUGCCAGAGCCCUGCCGGCCGCCGCCGCCGCCUCCGACACCUAACGGCGGAGCUGCAGCCGGCGCCGUGUUUAUGUAGCAAGGUUGCAGAGCUUGGUGGGAA